UCAUGUUUAUAUAUGUAUCAUAUCAUACACGGUGUAAUUCGACACGUAUAACUGUGGUACCACUCUUUUAUUCAAGUUCAAAAGCCACAGAUAUUAUCUGUGUAUAUUAUAAGUAAUUAUUAUCUUUAACAGAUUCUUGUUUAAAAUUUAUAGAGUAUAGAAUUAUCCCUAAAGGAAGAACACUGUACGAACACUAUACGAAAUAUCAUUAUAUAUGAUAAUAUGGCUCUCACAAAUAUAUCUGGUAUUCCUGAUAAACACUGGCAACCACCAUUCGUAGCAUUUGAAACAACUAUGGGUGAAAUAGUGAUAGAACUCUAUUGGAAACAUGUACCAAUUACUUGUAGAAAUUUUGCUGAACUUACACGACGUGGUUAUUAUAAUGGAACAAAAUUUCACAGAAUUAUUCGAGAUUUUAUGAUACAAGGUGGUGAUCCUACUGGAACUGGGAAAGGUGGUGUGUCUAUUUAUGGAGAAUGUUUCGAUGAUGAAAUACAUGAUGAUUUAAAACAUACCGGUGCUGGAGUUGUUUCCAUGGCUAAUUCAGGACCAAAUACUAAUGGAUCACAGUUUUUUAUCACAUUAGCACCAACACAGUGGCUUGAUGGAAAACAUACAAUUUUUGGAAGAAUCCAUUCUGGUAUGACAAUAGUGAAAAGGAUUGGAUUAGUGGAAACUGAUAAGAAUGACAGACCCGUUGAUGACAUAAAAAUUGUUAAAGGAUCCAUAAGGAAUGCAUAAUAAAGUAAACACACUUUUGAUGGAGUGACUGGAAGUUGGUAAGGAGGUCUCUCACUCCAUGGUUUUUCAACUUUAUCUGCACACUCCACAGGCUGAUAACUCAACUGCAUGACAGUUUCUGCUUCCAUUGGAACAUCUGGUAAGCAGCAUGUACGUACUGGUGCGUAAUUAUGAAUAGGUGUUAACGAUUUAAGAUCGUUCUCUAAAUAAGAAAGUCUGUAAGUAGUACAACCUGUAAUCAAUCAAUCAAAUGAUCAAUCAAACUUUGUAGAUUUAUAUUAUAAUAAACAAUAAUAAUAUUAUCCAUUAAAAAAUGUUAAUAGAUAAA